AUGUCGAGCGACAUCACGGCCCUGCAGGAGGACCGCAAACAGUACCAGGAGCAGCUCGAUGUCGUUCUCGCCGGUCUCAAAGAUGAUCCUGGAAAUGCCGAACUCAAGAAUUUGCAGGCGGAGUUGAAUGACAUGAUCUCCCUUCUCGACGAGUCUCUUGCUGAGCUGCUGCCGAAGCAGGCACCCAAGCCCGCACCUCUGAAAGCCCCAAGCCCGCCCCCCGAGAAGUGGUCCAAGGAGAAUCACCCUGCCUUCAAGAAGGCUGCUCCCCCUGUUGAAGAGAAGGACGACGGCCCCGUAACCUACCGAGUGAACGAUACGGUCAUGGCGAAAUGGGUCUCGGGCGACAGAGGGUUCUAUCCUGCCCGCAUCACCUCUAUCACCGGCUCGUCAACAGCACCCAUCUACGUCGUCAAGUUCAAGAGCUACGAUGAGACCGAUACCCUGCGGGCCAAAGACAUCCGUCCCAUGAACAACAAGCGCAAAGCUGACGGAACACCAGCCUCCGGAUCCAGCACCGCACAACAGCCCGCCCAACCUACACCACUAGCUCACAGUGGCCCUUCAAAUGGCGUUGUCACUUCCGCGGCCGCCAGUCUGUACCCAGAGCAGCAAGCCAAGCUUGACGCGGAGAAGAAGGGUGACGGUGCCGCAAAGCCGCCCAAGGCUAAGAAGAUCAAGGCUACCAAGGAGCUGGAGAAGGGCAAGAGUAAAUGGCAGGAGUUCAAUGCCAAGUCCAAGUUCGGCAAGAAUCAGAAGAAAGACAGCAUGUUCCGCACACCCGAGGGUGUCCACGGCCGAGUUGGCUUCACGGGCUCUGGCCAGGCCAUGCGCAAGGAUCCCACACGCAGCCGACACGUAUAUCAGCAGAACGAAGAACUCGACUGA